AUGAACAACCCUCCCGGACUUGACCCUCCCCUGGCAGACUACUUCUGGAUAGCCGGAAUAGACUCCAUCUCUUAUGGAGAACAUCUGGCCCAGGACUCGAAGCCAGCCAGGCGAAGCUUCACAGAACAGUUGCUGGAGGCUAUCGAGGCAGAGGAAGAAGUACAAGAAAGUCUUCACGUUCCGAGAAAUGGCCCCUCCUCACAUGGAAUGCCCUCACCAGAUAGCACCGUGACCAUUGACCCAUUGUCUCCAAUCGGUGAUGUCGGUGAUGCUGUGGAGGCAACUUCUCCGGUACAAGCUAACCCUUCCAACAAUCUGAUCCGCAAUUCAUCAACCUCAAGCAGUUCUACAAUCACAAACAACAAUAGCACUGUUAGUGGUAGUGGCAACCUUAAUAACGAUGGUCGAGUGAGAACAUUCAAAGGAAUGACCGACGAUGACUUCGACAACGCGCUUUUGAAGUUUGCUGCUGAGCGAGACAGCUUUUUAGAUGAUCUUUCAUUCAGUGCGGGUACCAUUGUACCCCACAAGCCUGUCAUGCAUCCCCGCGCUCAGAGAGUUGUCAGUGAAGAUCUGGCUGCCCUUCAGAAAGCCCCCUCGCUGAGACGGAGAAUUUCCUUGAGGGACCUGACAUCCAUGCGGAGAGCUCCGUCUGUUAAUAGAUCUUCUACAGCAUCUGUUCGCACAGCCAGAAGAAUGUCGAAUUACAAUUCUGUCAUUCCUACCCCACAACCUCUAAAUUCCUCUCCAAAUAUGCAUCCCUUGAAACGCAAGUUCGAACCUGUACUUUUAGACAGAUAUCCACCAAAGCAUUUGACGGAGGAGACCAAACGACGUGGACCAUUCCCGGAUUACGUCCCGAUGUUCGCAUUUCCUAACGAUGUGAAUAUUGUCUCGUGUGAUGAGAGGCCUAGAUCCACAUGGCAUGGAUUUACAAUGACUGGUGGUGAUAAUGCACGUCUUCAUGGAAUAUGCAUAAUCAUUUGGAUCCCACUUAACCCUAGGGCUGCGGAAGAUCUUGAGAGGAGGUGUGAAGAAUGGAGAAGGGAUAACAUGACAGAUGAAGAGAGAGAGCUUGCUACUAGUUUAGGCGAAAGGCUGGCGGCGGAACGUACAAAGCUGUCUAAGCUUCUAGCAAAACUUCCGUCCGUGGUGAAUAAUCCUGAGGCAAGGGAGGAAUUGGAUGAUCAGAUUAUUGCCACAGAGGAGAAAAUUGGGCUUAUGGCAGAUCUCUUGCGUCCUGUGCGUCAUGGCGCAGCUUCGAAAAUUGAAGGACUGACCGAUGGCGAGACUGGAUUGUGGAUUCCUCGGGCGUAUGGUAUUCUGGGAAAAGAUUCUUCUAUGGUGAACUUUUGGAAGGAGUGGUUGAAGGCAAUUGUUGUGCCCAUGAUAAAUGGAUCAAUUCUUAGGGUUCCUCUUUCUUCACCAAAGAUUGGGAUGUGGCAGCCCUUGGAGAGAUAUGUUGUCAACCUCUGUUCCGAGGCUCCAGCACCCAACUCCUCAAGAACACAAAUUGAGUUGGCAAUUCGUGAGUUGAGGAUGUUUGCCAGGAAAGAGGCUGGGAAUGAGAUUCCAGGAAGCCGCACUACCGAUCUUUAUGCCUUGUUCAGGGCACUGUCUCUUCCCAACAUUGUAACAAUGUUUGAGUUUGCGCUUGCCGAGUCCCGGAUCAUACUCUUGUCAUCCCACACAUCUAUGUUGCAUAUUGCAACACGUGCUCUGAUCAGCUUAAUGUAUCCUUUACAAUGGCUUGGGAUCUACAUUCCUGUUCUCCCGGCUCGCCUUCUAUCUGCUCUUGAGGCUCCAUGUCCCUACAUCGUGGGUAUAGAGCGUCGUUAUGACAAACUUGAACUCCCUGAGGAGGAUUUUGUCUGUGUGGACCUUGAUUCCGACGUGAUCAUCUCAUCUACACCACCAGUACUCCUUCCAAGGCAGCAGAGAAGGAAGUUACUUUCAUUAUUACAGCUUGCCGCACCUCAUCAUAAUCGUUAUGGUGUGCCAGUAGGUCCUCCUCAGUACGCCAUUGAGACAUUCCCUCACAACUCUUUCAUGUCCGAAAAUUCCGGCAUAUUCACCCCAACACCUCAGCCCAGUACGCUUGCGAAACUAGUCAACUUGAAUUCAACCUCAUUCGGCGACGCUGUGGUUUCGGACUUUGCUCCACGACCUUUAGUAUUUAACGCAUUUUUACAGUCAAAAGGUGAGACCAGGUACGAAAGGCCGGGAACAAGUGGCACAGUUAGAGGGCAAUCCCCGCCCUCCCCCCACUCUCCAAAGUCCCAGAAUUACCCGCCACAAGGAACGAGUCUCUCCAGGAAUGAAACCGGAUUCACUUUGACUGCAACUUUGCGAGGCAAGAGGUCUGGAAAUUUCGAUGCUGCCUCUCGUAGGAGCUCUUCAUUUGGGUUUGAGCUGUUCAACGCUUAUCCCCCUUCCGUAUUUGCUCCAUCCACCAUUGCAGCAUCGACAGUCAUGCCGAACAUGUUAGUGCAGCCGUCAGAUGAGGGGAUUUACUGCUGCGCAAACUGUCGUGUUGCUGCACAUGCCCGCUGCUCUUCUCAAAUUGGUCUCCCAUGCCCUGUAGCUUUCCAUCCCGAUCAAAUACGUGCGGCAUUUGUCAGGUGCUUUGCAAGUUUAUUUUACACAUACCGCAAGUUUCUACUACCGGCCACUGGUGACGGGAAGAAAGCCGGGAAUAUUUACCGUUUCAACAUGGAGGGCUUUCUCAAGAGCAUGCCACAGGAAAACUCACUCUUCAUCCAGAUGCUUGAGCAGACCCAGGCCUUUAGCGAGUUCAUUCAUGACAGGGAGGCGAAAAAGCCCUCGGACCCGUCAAUUAAACUCUUUGAUGAAGUCAUCUUGUCCAAGAAGAACCGUGGAAAGUCUGGUUUCUUUUCGAAGUCCACGACGAACUAUCUUCAAGACACGUCCGACCAUAUAUGGCGUACUAUCACUAGUGGAUCACAAAGCUCAAGGCAUCCGACAGUUGCGAGCAAUAGAACGCCUGCUAAGCUCGACCCAACACUUAUGAAGGAGCCAGCUAGACCCAAAAUGCAACAGCAGCCACAGCAACAUGAAGUUCCUGUGAUUCAAGCUCCUACUGAAAAGGCGGAGAAACGCAAAACGAGGAGGUUGCAUAUGCCAACCCUGCAGAUCAAUGGGAAGUAA